GGUCCCAACAGAGACUCAGGUCAGCCCCAUCGCCUCUGUCUGCAGGAAGUUGGCCAAGAAGAGGAAGGAAACACUGAGCUCCAGACAGGAAAUGACUCUGAUGGUGAACAGCUCCCAACACACAGCCAUGGUGGACACACACACUCUGAACGGCCACACCAUGUCGUCUCCAUCUUCUUUCACCCUGAAGACAAACACCAUCAGCACCUCCGUCCCCAACUCCUACUACCCAGACCCAUUCGUACCAACAGCCAUCUUGGUGCCCAUUAAUGACGACAGCAGCCACACCAUGACCAGUGAAACCAGCAGCCUGGUCCAGUCCCACUACAAGCAGCGGGAGGCGGAGCGGGAGGCGCUGCCCUACCAGACGGGUCAGCUGCACCCGGCCAUCCGGGUCGCUGACCUGCUGCAGCACAUCACCCAGAUGAAGUGUGCCGAGGGCUAUGGGUUCAAGGAGGAGUACGAGCUCAACGAGAGCUUCUUUGAGGGACAGUCUGCUCCAUGGGACUCCGCCAAGAAGGACGAGAACCGCAUGAAGAACCGAUACGGGAACAUCAUCGCCUACGAUCACUCCCGUGUGCGUCUGCAGCCUCAGGAUGGAGACGGCGGCUCAGACUACAUCAAUGCUAACUAUGUGGAUGGUUACCACAGACCCAACCACUACAUUGCUACACAAGGACCCAUGCAGGAGACGGUGUAUGACUUCUGGAGGAUGGUGUGGCAGGAGAACUCGGCGGCUCUUGUGAUGGUGACCAACCUGGUGGAAGUGGGCCGGGUGAAGUGCUGUAAGUACUGGCCAGAUGACACUGAGAUUUAUGGUGACAUGAAGGUGACGCUGAUCGAGACGCAGCUGCUGUCUGAGUACGUGAUCCGGACCUUCGCCGUGGAGAAGAGGGGCGUGGCUGAGAUCAGGGAGAUCCGUCAGUUCCACUUCACCGGCUGGCCGGACCACGGCGUCCCGCUGCACGCCACCGGCCUGCUGGGCUUCAUCCGCUGCGUCAAGGCCAAGACUCCGCCCACCGCCGGCCCCACCGUGGUGCACUGCAGCGCGGGCGCGGGCCGGACCGGCUGCUUCAUGGUGAUCGACAUCAUGCUGGACAUGGCAGAGAGAGAAGGCGUCGUCGACAUUUACAACUGUGUCAGAGAGCUGAGGGCGCGAAGGGUCAACAUGGUGCAGACCGAGGAGCAGUACGUCUUCAUCCAUGACGCCAUCUUGGAGGCAUGUCUCUGCGGAAACACCACCAUUCCGGCCAAUCAGCUGCGUUCGCUUUACUAUGAGAUGAACCGAUUGGACCCCCAGACCAACUCCUGCCAGAUGAAGGAGGAGUUCAGGACCCUCAACAUGGUGACACCCACCCUGCGCGUGGAGGACUGCAGCAUCGCGCUGUUGCCUAGGAACCACGAGAAGAACCGCUGCAUGGACGUUCUGCCGCCGGACCGCUGCCUGCCCUUCCUCAUCACCAUCGACGGCGAGAGCUCCAACUACAUCAACGCCGCGCUCAUGGAUAGCUAUAAGCAGCCAUCGGCCUUCAUCGUUACCCAGCAUCCUUUGCCCAACACAGUCAAGGACUUCUGGCGCCUGGUUCUAGACUAUCACUGCUCAUCCAUCGUGAUGCUGAAUGAUGUGGAUCCCGCCCAGCUGUGUCCCCAGUACUGGCCGGAGAACGGCGUCCACCGCCUCGGCUCGCUGCAGGUGGAGUUUGUCUCUGCGGACCUGGAGGAGGACGUCAUCAGCCGCAUCUUCAGGAUCUACAACACUGCCAGGCCGCAGGACGGGUACCGCAUGGUGCAGCAGUUCCAGUUCCUGGGUUGGCCCAUGUACCGGGACACACCUGUCUCCAAGCGCUCCUUCCUGAAGCUCGUCCACCAGGUGGACAAAUGGCAGGAUGAGUACGACGGCGGUGAGGGACGCACUGUCGUCCACUGCCUGAAUGGCGGCGGGCGCAGCGGCGUCUUCUGCAGCGUCAGCAUCGUGUGUGAGAUGCUGAGGCAGCAGCGAUGUGUGGACGUCUUCCACGCCGUCAAGACGCUCAGAAACAACAAACCCAACAUGGUGGACCUGCUGGAACAAUAUAAGUUCUGCUAUGAAGUGGCUCUGGAGUUCCUGAAUUCUGCUUAGCUGGGAUCACCACCCCCUUCAUCACCUCCUCCUCCUCCUCCUCCUCGUUGUGCUGCAGGAGGAAGAGGAAGAGGAAGGUGUCUCCUGCCCUGUUGGACGGACAGUAAGCAUGGACACCCUGACUGUCCUUUUUGUCGUCUUGUUGGUUUUUCUUGUGUUGUAAACCUGGCAGUGACUUGGACUGAAGCUCCGCCCACCUGCGAUGACCUCAUCCUGUCCAGGUCCGGGUCUUCCUGGAUGGCAGCAGGACAACAUCCCACUACUUGGACACCUUGACUCAGCAGAACCAGUCCUGCCUUCAGGAAGUCUAGUCAUCAGUUCUGCUGCCAUCUUGUGAUUAGCAGCAGAACUGCACCAGCGCCGACCCAAAGACUGGACAUGAGGUUCUGUCUGUUCCUUUUAUCUGCUUCUGUUUUUAUUUAUGGAAGUCCAAAGAGACAUGCAUGUUGUAAAUGGUUCCUCCAGAACUCCAGCCGUCCUCACAGAUUCAAAAACCUUCUUCUGGUUCUGGACAGUCUUCCUGCAGACCGCCAGACCGGUCCUCUGCUGGGGGCCCAGCUAUGAGCCAUGUGGGACACCGUCCAUUCAGUCAGAGACGGACAGUCUGAAGAGGCUCUGUGAUCAGACCGGAUCGCAGGAACUCGGGUUCUCCUGGUUUUGGUUCUGUUCAUGUGCUGGACCUCAGACUGAUGGACACAACCUCUGGUUGCCAUGGAAACCAUUAAAAGAUUGUGAUGUGGUCAAACAAUGUUUGCACUGUUUAACCUGGAUCACAUCAGGCAUUAAACCGGUUUAAUCCUGAUCACACCAGUUCUAAACCGGUCCAGUAUUGGAUCAGUUACUGAUGUAGUCUGGUCAGGAGCUCGGCAUCAUGGGACAUUUCAUCUCCCAGGUUUCCAUGGAAAUGGCCUGUUGCAGUAGCGUAGUUCACCUUGGAGAACACCAGGGGUCAGUGUUCAUCUUCUGUCUUCUUCCUUGAUAUUUUGUAUUGCUGAAACUAACUGGACCGGACGGGGCCUCACUUUGGACCUUUGUUCUGGUCCGCUUCUGGCAGCCUGGUUCUGGUGGGUCCGGUCCGUUUGGGCCCGGUCUGUGUGAAUAGUGUACAUAGGGAGUAUUUAUUCCUUUGCUGUCGUCGUUCUUGUGAAGCACAGAGGCUGACAAUCAUGGCAGAAGAUCUUCCUGUUCCACCAUCAGAACCACAGCAGCACCGGCGGUCCAGUCGGAUGGUUCUGACUCUGUCCCGGUUGUGACUGGACCCAGUUAAGGCUCGGUUCUGAUGCUGAGAAGAACAUCACUGUAAUGAAAGCUUUUAUUUAUGUUGUAUGAUUCCAAUAAAACUGAACACACCGCC